AUGGCCGAAACGACGACAUUGCCACAUAUCUCAAGCCUAGUUCAGCCUGCAAUACGAACAGUGGUGUCUAGCGAGGACAACUGGAAGGGCAAGACGAGCCCUGCGGAGAGACGGAAGAUCCAGAACAGGCUCAAUCAGCGAACGUGGAGACAACGAAGAAAAGCUGAAAAGCAACAGCAGCGCCAGGCGACGACCCGACAGUCCGGUACGGACGAAAGGAAACCCUCGUCCCAACCCUCGUCCAGCAGCAGCCUGUCGCCGCCAUCCUCCAUCGUAGCAAGCUCGAAGUGGGCAGCAGCAUUACCAGCCGCCUCCGUGGCCAAUGAUAAUGGCACCACGACCUACGUGACGGUGGGAAUGUCUCGGCAGGGCCUAUGCAAGUCGAAAACGAGCUCGCAGAGAAGCGCCAAGUAUACGACGCUGAUGGCCUUGAAGUACAUCGGACGGCAACGACAAAUUGCAGACAUUCGAGACGAGGACUUGGACGACAUAUAUCAGCUGUUCCUACAGCACGCGCAUGAGAGUAGAAGGAGCCCGAACCCGGAUCCAAUGUCGGAUUCACUAAUACCGCUUGUGCAAUUCAACUUGUUCCGCGGCUUGAUGGAGAACAUGAGAACGUUGGGUAUCACUAUGCCCAUGAUCUGUGACGAUGACUGCGUGUCUCCCUUUGGAAGCGACCCCAUGUACAAUGCCAACACCGCUUGGAAUGUCCCGUACUUUUUGAAGCCGACGGAGACGCAGCUGACAACUAUACACCACCCCUGGCUUGACUUUUUGCCCCUACCGAGGAUGCGGGAUAACUUGAUCAAGGCUGGGGAUGACUGGGACGACGAGGCGCUGUGUCUAGACAUGGUAGGCGACGGAGAUGCGCCAUCUGGAAAAGGAGGCAUGAUACUGUGGGGAGAACCAUGGGAUCCCAAUAGCUGGGAGGUCACAGAGGACUUUGUCGAGAAGUGGCGGUGGAUCCUUGAAGGCUGCGAGGAGAUUAUCCGGUCUUCUAAUUACUGGAGGGCAAAACGAGGCGAAAAGAGGAUGAGGGUGUCUCAUCGAGGUCAGCAAAGAAUCAGAACUAUCUCCAAAGACGGCAUUGCUGCCCAUGCCGAUCCAUCAAGAGCACCACAGCGGCGGGUAUUCUCCGAGUCCUCGACUGCCAGGGUAUUGCCUACCUCCCAGGAAACAAUAGCGAGCCAUCUGCGCAAUUGCGGCAUUGACAAAUGGGGCUGGGUGAUAUACCGCACCACAUAUGGUGACGAUGAAGCUUGGGAACGUUGCAAAGAGAUCAUCACCUACCGUACGCGCCGCAACAUCGCAGACUCGGAUGCACCAGGCAUUGCAAAGAACCUGGAGUUGACUUUUUUUGACGACAAAUUCUUGUUUGAUGGGGCCUCAAAGCAUCAGCUCCGAUCGCAUUUUCGCACUUGGUCCCUGGACGCAUUUCAAUCGGAGAACCCAGGAACACAAGAUGUGAGCGGAGACCUAGGAUAUUGGAUACAAGGUUGUGGCGUCCCUCGAUAUGUGUACUUCUUCCAGGUAGACCUGGAGUCCCUCCGGAGUAUCGUGUUCGAGGCGCCUCAACCGCCUGACUACGAUCUUGACUGCGAGAGCCACAUCAACUUCAUCGACGCCUACUGGAAACCGACAAGAGAAUGGGCCGGAAUGCUACGACAUACAGAGCAAGACGAGAUCGAUGCUUUCGAGACCGCUCAUGAGCCUAUCGAGGGGUGCGGAGAGGAGAACGUCGGAUGGAUGAAGGUGUCUACUGAGACGAUGGGUUCCGACUGGUAUGAGGUAUGGCUUGGCAGUAUCGGCGGCGAUGCCAGCACUUGGUGUAUAUACAACGAUGAUGACGCUUGGGCUCGCUUCAAAGACAUCAUCAACGAUACAUCCCGACAGGGCAGCGAGUACUAA